GAACUAAAUAGAAGCCCUUGAAAUGAAAUGAGUUAAAUAUUAUGUGUAACUAUUUUCAAUAUAUGAUUAGUGAAUUGUAUUUUAAGGAUGGAAUGUUAAUUUAAAUAUAAUGUAGUGAAAUUAAAAAUAUAAAAUAGCUGCAUUAGUUUAAGUAUACUCUAGAACUCAUAAAUGAUCUCUUAAAGUACAAAACGUAUCCUCGAUCAAUUCAUCUUUAACAAGCAUCGUACCAUAAACAUGAAGAUGGCUGAUACGUCUAGUAUCCUGAGAAGAAAUCGCCCAGGCACUAAAGCCCAAAAUUUUUGUAACUGGCCUGAAGAACCUUUUGAAGAAAUGGAUAGUACAUUGGCAGUACAACAGUUUAUUCAACAAACUAUUCGUAAAGAUCCUGCGAAUGUCAAUGAGAUAUUGACACCUCCCGACGGCCAAGAUGAAGGGGUCUGGAAGUAUGAACAUCUCAGACAAUUCUGUAUGGAACUAAAUGGCUUAGCUGUCAAAUUACAGAACGAAUGCAACUCUGAGACAUGUACACAGAUGACCGCUACAGAGCAGUGGAUAUUUUUAUGUGCUGCUCAUAAAACUCCAAAAGAAUGCCCUGCAAUAGAUUAUACAAGACAUACACUUGAUGGUGCUGCAUGUUUGCUUAAUAGUAACAAAUAUUUCCCUAGUCGUGUAAGUAUAAAAGAAUCAUCUGUAGCAAAGUUAGGUUCAGUAUGUAGAAGGGUUUACAGAAUAUUUUCACAUGCAUAUUUUCAUCACAGAGCUGUAUUUGAUGAAUUUGAGAAUGAAACAUUUUUGUGCCGUCGAUUUACAGUCUUUGUUACCAAGUACAAUUUGAUGUCUAAGGACAAUCUUAUUGUUCCAAUGUUAGGAGAAGAAUCAAAUCCUACUGAGAGUGAGGCAUGAUCAACUUAAAAUUAUAAUUUAGCCUCAUAUCAGAAGUUCAUUAAUAAUUUAAAAAUAAAAAAAAGACUUCAAAUUAAAGACAUUAUGCUAAUUUUUUUAGGAAAUGCUUCAUGAACAUGUAAAUAUAUUGUGUUUAGAUUUCAGUGUUUUGGAAUCAGUGUGAGAUUCUUUUAUCUUAAAACUGUGACAUAGAAAGCAACAUUAAUGUGGCAUGUUUCUCAUUUAUAGGAGGGCUUUAUAAAUGUGUAUAUAUUCUGUUGUUAGACAGUAGUUUACAUUAUUCAUAUUUGUUCAUUAUUUAUGUGUAAAGUGUAUUUUAAUUCGCAGUGAGUUGUGAUUAUAAACAUUUCGAUGAAUCUUGUGAGCCUUUCAUAAGAAUUUAAUAUUUUAUUGCUAAUGAUAUGCAUGAUGAUCUAGUAUGCUAUUACUUCUGAAUUAUGCUUAUUUUUUUAACUUAAACAGCAGACUUACUUAAAUAUAUAUAAAUUACUUAUUAAAUAUAGGUAUGCUUGUUUUGCUUUUUUGUUGUUAUUGCUAGCAAUAAUCUUAAUUGCAGAUUUUUUAUGAUAUAUAUUUGAUUUUUUAAGUCCUUAAUGCGUUUUAAUUAGAAAGCAAAAAUUUUAGUGAUUUUAUUUGAAAGCUAUUUGAACAAUAUUACUUUUAAGUUGUCAUAUUAAAAAAUUAAGGUAAAUUAAAAAGAAGUUUGAUUUAAUUUAUUUUUCACCAUGCUGCUUGAUUUAUUUUUCAACUAUUUAUUAAUAAUUUGUUAAAUUUAUUAUUAUUUUAAAAACACUAUUUGUUACAAGGGUGUAAUUUAACAAAAUUUUGUCAAUUAACCAUAAAAAUUUUUCCUAAAUAGAACUAAAAUUUAGUAAAUAAAAAUAAGUGAAUGAAUGAAAUAAAAAUAAUAAAAUUAAAAUAAACGUUAGUAAUAAGUAAAAUUGUAGAACAAAAUAUUACUAUGCAAAUAGAGAUACAAUAAAAAAAGAGAAGAAAAAACGUAAAACAAAAUGUUUUAUUAAAAAAUUAGCUAGUUUAUAUUUAUAUAAAUGUAUAUAGUUGAUAAAUUCAUAAAACUCUAAGUAAAAUAGUUUGUGAGAACUGUUUGGUAAAAUUUUUCACUUUCAUAAUUUGUAAAAAAUUUUAAGUAACCAUAGGAAAAAAAGAACAUCUUCAUUAAUCUUCUUCAUCUCCUUAAGUAUUUUGGUUCUGAGUAAAAAUUAUGCUUCACACUUUUUUUCUCGUUGAAUAACGUUGACAAAAAAAAAUUUCUUUCUUUUUCUUUUCCUUUUUUUGUUGUAGAAAAGCUAAUUGUUUAAUAUUUGCUUUGUGUAAAAACUAAUGCCCAUAGAUUUAAUGGAAUUUUACUGAAAUGAAUUUUGAAGGUGUUGUAUAGUUUGUGGUUUUUGUUUAUCACCUACUUCAAUAUGUUUCAAGUAAUGUUUAAUUACCUGUUAAUAUGAUAAGCUUAUUAGGCAUGUUGUAUUUUAAAUAUGUCUGGAAACAUUCUAUUUUGCCUCCUAAAAAGAAUUAGUUGCCAUGUUUUUUUAAAAUUAUAAUUUGAAAGUGAGGGAAUGCCUAAAAUAAUUAUUAUUUUGCAAAAUAAGAUAACGUUUCAAAACCUCUACAAUAUUUCAUUCAAAAUUAGUAAACUACAUAUAGUUUAAAAAUAUUUCGUAGAUGAUUAAUUAUCGAUAAAAUUUGAAAAUUGGGUUUUUAUGAAAAGUGCUUGUUUGGAAACUUCUUAUAACCAUUCUCUUUAUAUUUAAGUAAAGAAAAAAAAUUAAUGACCUCGAUAAACCAAACAUUUAUGAUAAUAGAAUUUCAUGGAAAAAACUGGCUUAAAAUUUGAUCUCUAGCUUUCCCCCCCCUUAUCUUUUUAUUUUAAUGUAAUACUUUAGAUAAGGUCUAGCUCUUAAUUGCCUACCACAAUAGCCCAUAUGCUGUCUAGGUAUGUUGCCGUUAAUAUAUUUGAAAAGCACGAUUUUAUAAUCCACAAUUAGCUGCUCUGAUUAUUUUUUUAAAAAGUAUUUCAGUUUGAAUUAGUUUUGAAUAAUUGUUUUCUAUUAUCAAUGCUUUUAGGUGUGAAAACUUUAUUUGCUUUCUUGAUGAUGGCCUAAUAAUAUUUGAACUAAAUGUAUGAUAAUUACAAAAAUAUAAAGAUAUUAUUACCUGCGAAGAGAGGUUGACGCAAUUUUUAACCCAGUCUGGGUUCGAUAUAGGUCAGAAUAGCAUUUGAGACUGCUAUUAUGAACUUUUUAUUAGAAGUAAGGUUAAAUCGUUUAUAUGAUUUAAAAGCGUUUCAAUUUUACGACAAGGAAAAUCAAUUUUUUUUGUUUAUUAUUAUUUUAGUACCAUUUUUCAUAUAUUCUCUAAUUAAAAUCCUUAAAAAUUUGUAAUAAAGGUUUAGUUUUGCUAUUAGUAUAUAUAGUACAUGUUCAAGUAUAAUAGUGAUUGUUUAUAAAUAUUGAACAUCAGUGUGUAAAGUGCACUAAAUGUAACUUUCUGAGUCUAUGGUUCUUGAUGUGAUUUAGAAUAAUGCAUUAGUUGAAAGUUUUCUAUAUUAUUUUUAAACAUUAUAAAUCCAGCAAACUAUGUUGCCUGACUGUAAUAUAGAAGUAUUUUUUAAAUUUUCAUACUAUGAUGUUUUGAUUAUAAUGCUGAGACAAUCACUUUUUUUUUUUUGUUCUUAGUAAUAAUUUAUGAUCCUAAAAAUAGUUUUAAAAACAAUUUUGCAAUAGUUAAUAUAAAUUUCACUUCAGUCAUCAAGCUAGUUUAAAUUGUAUUUACAUUUUUAAAAAUAAAAGUUUUAGGAUUAUAAUUUGAAGAGAUAAGUAGAUGACGGAGGGAAAUUAUUUUUUAAAUGCUUAGUUUAAAAGUUUUUAUACUUAAUACCUACUUGAUUAUUCUUGUAUACUUGGUGUUUAUUUUACCUCCUUUGUCCACUUUAUUUAUCCCUUUGGGGUAAGUUUUUUCCUAAUAAAGUUAUUGAAUCUCUUUUUAAACAUAUAAUUAAGACCCAUUUACAUCCUUAUGCAACUGAAACACGAAUCUUUGUUUUCAGCCUUUCAUAGUUUUUCGAUUUCUGUUUGAUCAUGACCGCUCAUUUUGAUUCAGCUGUAACGCUACUCCACAAUCGGACUUGUAGGGUUAAGUUCAAUAAAAAAAAAAUUUAGUAGGUCAUGUGUACUACGUUCUUUUCCCGUCAAUGAAAAAAUUCAUAGUCAUUAUCGGUAACGACUUGCAGAGUUUAUGUCAUAUUAUAUAUAAAUGUGCCUGUGAUUAUCUGCUAUAUUAUUUAAACUCUUUAAAUAUUUUAUAGUAUUAGCUGCAUUAUUUUUAAUAAUGUUUCUAAAAAGGAAGCAAAUAAUUAUAUUAAUUUAGAAUGAUUAUUUCAUUCAGUUACAGAUGCAAUGAUGAUGAGUUUUCUAUUUUAGGAUUUUCCUUGUUAAAAAUUUAUGUUCUCAAAUUUUUUCAUUUUAAAUUUUUUAUAUUCAUUGUGUAAUGUGGUAAUUUUUAAUUCUUAAGACUAUUACAAAAUAUUUUUGCAUUAAAAAGUGCUAAUCUAACCUGAUCAAAAAACAUCAAUCAUAAAGAAUUGUAUUUAGAUAAUGUAAUUUCUAUUAACUUGUAUGAAAUGAUAAUUAACAAAAUAAUCUCAAUGUUACAAAAUAAUCUCAAAUUACCUUUUUGAAUUAGUUGCGACUACUGAUGGAGAUUAUUGAAUCGUAAAUUUGGACUUCUAUUCCAAAAUUAUUUUAUAAAUGUUAAUAAUCCGAUAUGCUUGCAUCUGCAUUCGAAACUAGUAUCACAUUAUUCAACUAGUGUAUUAUUUACAUAAAAUUGUCAAGAAUUUGAAUUAAACAUUUUGCUAAGUUUUGUCCACCACCUCCAUGAAAAGAGUGUAUCUGCUUUGUGAUUGGUCAAAAAGCAGUUAUAUCAAAUUUAGCCUUCAAAGUAUAGCUAUCAUCGCACUUGGUAGAAACUUUAGCAAGGUUACAGUUAAAUUAGAAAACAUGCAUUUGUUCAAAUAAAUUGAACUGAAACCAGUAGUUUGAUCAAAAUUUGUUUCAGUUGCAUAUGAGCCUUACUAACUAAUUUAAAAUUGGUCUUCAGUAUGUUUUGUUUGAAAUUAUUUAUUAUUUUUACCUUGUUAAUAUCAAUAGUAUAGUAGUUUUCAAAUGGUAACCUUGGAACAAUAUAAUGAUUAACUACACUUUUAAAACUGCUGUGCUUAAGUUAUUUGAUAAAAAUAAAAAAAAAAACAUCACAGUUUUCAUGUUGGUUAUACACAAUGCUUUUGUGUAUUGUGUUUCAAUCUUGUAAAAAUUAAAGAAACUUGUAAAAUAACUACUACCUGGAAACAAUACUAAGUAACAGUUUGAUGUGAAAUUAUCACCUUUGGAGAAGACUGAAUUUAUGACUGCAUUGCUCCAAAUCUUUCAUGUUUCUUAACCUUCUUAUUUUUUAUUCUCUUUUCUUAUAUGAAUGAAUAUGAUGAAAAUUAUGCUAAAUAAUGUUUUAUAUGCUGAUAAAGAAUAUUGCACCUUAAUUUUUAUCACUAUGUGUGCAUGUUUCUUAAACGCAGUUACUGUUGCUAGUUUUUAUAUGAAUUGCACAUAUGUGUUACACAUGUUUCCUUUUUAUAUUCAGAAAGGCUCCUUGAUCAUGUAUUUAUUAAUGCAAUUUGGUUUGUAAUUUAAAAAUUGUUAGAAAUUUACUUUCUUCCCUCACAUGCAGCUAUUGUAAAUGUAUUUCAUUAUUGUAUUUUUAAUUUAUAAGAUCAUUACUUGUUCAUAACCAUUAAGCAAUAAAUCAUUUGUACUGUA